GGAAUAACACUUUAUAAGCCUGACGCCCUCUUCCUUCAGCCACCCCCUGGCCAUCGUCCAGCCUCCUCUGCUCAGCCUCCUCCCCUCCCAGGUUGUCCUCGCUUCUUGUCUCCCGAGGCCGCAGUCAGUGGGAGCCCCCAGCCUGCCAGAACUCAGAGCCCAGGAGGGGCCAAGAACCUCAACCCCAGGAUGUUGACAACAUUGCUGCCACUGUUGCUUCUACUGCUACUGCCGGACAGGGCCCUUUGCAGCCUGGAAGCCUCAGAUGGCCCUCAGAGUCUCCACAUGCUCCAGAUCUCCUACUUCUCAGACCCCCAUCAAGUGUCACACGAAGGCAACGCGUCGCUGGGAGGGCUGUUGACACAUGAACUGAAAGGCCAGAACUCAAACAUCACGAUCCUCCAGCUGCUUCCCUUGGAGGAGCCCAAGAGCUGGGCACUCACAGAGAGUAGAGUGCGGCUCUACCUGGAACAGUUCCAGGCCCUGGUGGAGCUGGUACACAAGGAGCGGAGCGUGGCCUUUCCUCUGACCGUUCGCUGCUUCCUGGGCUGUGAGCUGCCUCCUGAAGAAGGUUCUAGAGCCCAAGUCUUCUUUGACGUGGCUGUGAACGGGAGCUCUUUUGUGAGUUUCAAGCCCAUGGAGGCCACAUGGGCGACAGGGCCCCAGACCCACUCCGCAGUGGUCGCCUAUACCCUGCUGAAGCUCAACACCUACAAUCGGACUCGUUACGACCUGCGGGAUUUCCUGCAGGACACCUGUGUGCAGUACGUGAGGGAACACGACGUGAGAAAGCUGAAAGAGAGCCAAAGAGGCCGCUCCUACACUUCGAUGGUCCUGGGUAUCCUGGUGGGCAGUUUCAUCAUCACUGGUGUGGCUGUAGGCAUCUUCCUGUGCACAGGUGGACGACGGAAUUAAUUACUUUCCAGUCCCCUCUGGAAAAGAGCUGGACUGAUGGAAGAAGAUCUCAGCUCACUGAGAACCCAAACACAUUCCCCAUCUGGGAUAUUGUUUCCCACAAGGUUUGGAGUGGCAGCUUUCUUCUCCCAGAUCUGCCCACCCAGAGUUUGGCGGGGGGGAAAGGGAGAAGCCUGGGGGACAGAGAACUUGGUUUAUUAAGUACUGAAUUGGCCUGAGACGUGAAUGCUUCUUUGUCUUUGUGAAAAACAGAUGAUGGAAUUGUGGUAGUGGUGGAGGGGCCUGUGGCCCAGCCUCCAAAGACAGACAGAAUCACCAAAUAAAACAAGCCAUCUACCAACAAAAUAAAUAACAUUCAAUGCUUCCAGGUGUGUCAGACAUAGGCUGGGACAAUGGUAGGAAGGAGGUAAAAAGAAAGAACCAGAGAAAUGGUAGAAGUGAAAACUAUAAGUAAUAUGGGAGAAAGGAGUUAUUAGUUAAUCGAUCAAUUAAUGACAUUAAUAAAUUCCUUACUUAUGUAUAAAGCAUUAUUAUUUCCUCUACUUUGCAAAACUUCUAGAAAAGUAGCCUCUACUUUUUGCUUCUACUUCCUUAUCUCCAAGCACCCUUCAACCACUGCAGUCCCCGAUCUCUAUAAACUGCUCUAAUAUCAUUAAUGACCUCUAAUUGUGCAAACUUCAUCCUCCAUGCUAUCCGCACGUUUCACUUUAUUUAUUACCCCAACUUUCUGAGAUACUAUACUUCUAAUAUUUUGAAACGGCUCAAUCCCUUUGCUGUAUCGUCUUACUCUAU